GAAAUCUUUUUUCUCUCUAUUUCACGAUUUUUUUUUUCUUCUAGCAAGAUAACGCCCACUGCCUUUUCUAGGGUAAUCAUAUCAAGCGUUAUUUGUUUUUAGGAGGAAGUUCAACCAGCCGGCCUCUUUCUCAAUUGUAACAUCCCUUCACGAAGCACCACUCUUUACAUCGCUCACUUGAAUUCCACCUCCUGAGUUAUUUGAACAGGUUGAGGUUUGGUUCUUCUGAGCAGAUGAAAAAAAUGAAGUUGAUGGAUAGCCUUCCACUGUUUGCCCUCGUUACUUUACUCUUUCCAACAAGAACUUCCCAGUCACUCAUGGACGAUGAACAGCUGGAAUUUAAGAUGUUGAACCUUUCUCAGAAUCGAGAUCCUGAACCUCUAGUUCCGACCAGGACGAUUCCGUGGACCCCAGCCGCAACUCACCUUGUCACACCCAAAAAUUCGAGGUCGGCAGUUCAACAAGGGUUCCUUAUGCCCACCGGUUUACCAACUUUGACAAAGCGUCAAGAUCAAUGUCGUCUCUCUGAAAACUUCUUGGAACCCGAAGCUGGCAAUAAUUGCGCGGGAAAAUAUCACAAUCCUAUAGCUGCCACGAUCAGUGGCCCGUGGGGUCUUCUGCCGACGCCCAGAGCAUUCGUCCACAGGGAGGAGACCGUUUUAAAAGCAGGCGCAUCCAUCUAUCGACCAGUUGGACCUAAUAUAUACUGGCUCGGUCUGGAUGAGAACCAAGGCAGACGUGUUUCAUACCCUUCAAGAAAACGCGUGCGCGAAGCAUUUGCAAUCGCAGCGGCCAUGGGCGCCAACACAGUGCGUUCAAUUUCACUAGGCGUCAGCGUCGGCCAUCCGCUGAGUGUCUGGCCGAUGAAAGGCGAAACAAACGAAGACGCUUUUCAAUCCAUUGAUUAUGCUAUCGGCACGGCUCGACAGUAUGGCAUCAGAUUAAUCAUACCCCUAACAGACAAUUAUCGUUUUUACCACGGAGGGAAAUACACCUUCCUGAAGUGGGAAGGCAUCAACACGACUGACGCCGAUGCGGAGCAGAACUUUUACCGCAACGAAGAGGUCAUGGACACCUUCAAAGAUUACAUCGAGGUCAUCCUUACCCAUGUCAACCAAUACACCGGUAUCGCAUAUAGAGAUGACCCAACGAUUCUGGCCUGGGAAACGGGGAAUGAACUGGGUGCAUUUGAUCUCGAAGAAGGUGCUCCACCUGCGUCGUGGACAAAUGAGAUCGCACGUCAUAUCAAACGGAUCGAUUCUCGUCAUCUGGUGAUCGAUGGCUCUGAUGGCGUAUUCGAUAGUGACAACGACGAUAUUGAAGGUCUAGACGUCGACGCGGUGGACAUCAUUUCCGAUCAUCUUUACCCACCCAACAAUUUCACAUUUUGGCGAGAUCAUGGGCUAGCAUCCUCGGCGAGCAAGGUGCUUCUGAUUGGGGAGUACGAUUGGACGGGCUCGAACGGAGGCUUGACGCUGAGCUCGUUCUACAACGAGGUCAUCAAAACCAACAACGUCGGCGAUAUUGCUUGGAACGUGAUGACCCACGACGAUCAGUGUUGCAAAUUUAUCACCCAUGAUGAUGGGUAUAGUAUCUAUUACCCUAAUGGAAACGCAAGCAUCUUACAAAAAAGACUCUUGCGACUCGUCCAACACUGGUAUCAUCUCACCGGAAGGAACUCGCCUCACGUGUUGCCGGCAGUGACUUGCCCCCAGCCAGAAUGGCUAAAACAACCUUGAAGAUCACCAUUCUUCCGAUCGAUUCUGGAGGAAGACGUUUUUGGCCUUGCCCCCCCCUUUUUUUUAUAUAUAAUGAAAAUGAACAAGUUAUAUACUAGCUCCGAUUACAACCGGGGUUAAAUUCCUAGCAUCCUUCUCCCCUAAUUCUAAUCUGAUUUCACUAAGCUUAACCCAUAUAUAUAUAUUGAGGGUUCUUGAAAUCUCCUCAGACAACGAGGAAUUUGAUUUUCUUAAAUCAAUCAAUACAUCGAUUCCAGAGUUCGAAUUUAUAGUAACGCACGAUUCUAUCCGCUUUUAUAAAACCGCCCGAACCGCAACAAGAAUUCUGUAGAAUAAAUGGAUCUUAUACAUACAUAGCUGCUCUAUAUCAACACAUCUUUCUUAUCUCAACCAAUCAGAUCAUC